ACCACCACCACCACCUCUUUCUUUCUAUGCAACUUCUGCAGACCCCAAACCCUAAUCACCUCUCAUUCCUUAUCCCUUGCCAACAACCAUGGCCAUGAAAAGACCUAAAAAAACCACCUAUCUCUUCUUCUUCUUCCUAUCCACUCUCCUCUUCUCCACUCUACUCUCCAAUAUUCCAGGUAUUCAUGCUGCAGAUAAACUAAAUAAUGUGAGAAGGUUGAUGAUAGGUUCAAUGGCUCCUACUUGCACUUAUAAUGAGUGUAAAGGUUGUAGAUUCAGGUGCAAAGCUGAGCAAGUUCCUGUGGAUGCUAAUGACCCUAUCAACAGUGCAUACCAUUACAGGUGUGUUUGCCAUGGUUGACAUGGCUUGCAUGGUAUUAAUUUAAUUAUACUAGUUUCUGUUUCUGCUUGUGCUCAUCAUUCAGAUAUAGUUGAGCAUUGUUUUUCUUAAUUUUCUCUGCUUCUGCUUUUGGACAUUUUGUAAUAUGUUGUCCUCUUCCUAUAUGUACUCUCUUUCUUUUUAGUGUUUAAUUUCAGAGGUUUUAUUUCUA